CCAAUACUUCCCCUCCCCAUCUCAAUCAACAAAAUGUCACUUCACACAAACAUUUGGUUUUCUUUGACAACCAAACUAGCCAUAAUAUCCAUUGUGGUCAUCCUCUCCUCUUCCCUGACCACCUCACAAACAUGUAAAAGCACAUGCGGCCAGGUGCCGGUAAAAUACCCGUUUGGAACCGGCUCGGGAUGUGGCGACCCUCGGUUUCAAACCAAAGUAACUUGCAACAAUCAACAUCUCACUUUUAGUACACACACUGGAAGCUACCCGAUCACAGACAUUGACUACUCGAACCAAAUCAUCUAUAUCACCGACCCAUCGAUGUCAACUUGUGCUUGCACUCAACCUAGUAAAGGCUUUAGUCUUGAUUGGGACGCGCCAUUUAGCUUCCAUGACGAUACUGUUUUUGCUCUCCUUAACUGUGACGUCUCCUCAUCGCCAAUAUUUAAAUCAGAAGCUGGCCGUAACAGCUCAGUUUCGCCAGUUUGUGAUUCUGGGAGUGGGAGUCGAGUUUGUGCACGCUUAAACUCUUGUCAAGCAGUUAGUCGGCUUGAGAUCCCUGUUUCAACAUGUUGUGUCUAUACACCGGUGGAUCUUGGGCCAGCCUUUGAGAUGGAUUUGCAGAAGUUGAACUGUGACUCAUACUCGGGUUUGUAUGGGUUUAACGGGCAAGCAGAAAAUCCGGACACCUGGAAGUAUGGUGUCACAUUAAAGUAUAAGUUUAACUUCAACAACGAAUAUCCACCAACGUGUGCUAAUUGUGAAAAAACCAACGGAGUUUGUGGGUACAGCGGACCUUAUGAUUCAUUUGUCUGCAAUUGCCACAGUGGAAUUAACACAACAGCAGAUUGUUCGUUUGAAGCAACAUGGAAUGAUUCUUUUAGGUUUCUUCCCAACAAAGAUGGAGGUAUUUUGAUGUAUGCAGUGGGAUGGCUACUGACAUGGCUAGUAGUGUAGAUCACAAAGAUUCUGAUUUGAAUCAAGCAGUUCUUAAAAUCAUAAUCCAAAUUCAUCCUGUCUAAAGAGAAUUCGUUCUCAAAUUGUUUCUGGGUAUUAAAAAAGCAGUGAUUAAGUCAAGUGAUUGCAGUU